CGUUUGCACCUCUAAUUAAACAGCAGCGGGGCGGGCAUGCUGGUACUGGAGCGUGCGUGCUCGUGCCUGCGGCGGCCUUGUCCCGCUGGGGCAGGGGUGGGUGCCGGGUGCUGGGCUGCUCUGUGCCCGCCCCCCCCGUGAGGCCAAGGGGCACCCGGGGAGGGGCGGGCUCCCCCCGCUGAUAAGUAGCCCAUCCCUGCGACGGGCUCUGGCGCUGCCGGCACAACCCUGCAGUGCCAUGGCAGAGAUGCUGCCGGCGUGGGCGGCCGUGGGCACCGCUGAGGGAACCAAGUCCGAUGGGGUGGAUUGGGGUGCAGUGGGCACAGGGCAGGCUGGCCCCUGGGGCCGUGGCAGUGUGGGCAGCCCUGAGGCGACAGUGAUGGGCACCAUCCUGACCACCCCCUGGGGGUCUUUCCAGGAUGCCAUCCGGACCCUCAACACCCUGCAGACCAACGCCAGCUACCUGGAGCAGGUGAAGCGUGAGCGCGGCGACCCCCGGGCCCAGCUGGAAGCCAUGCACGGCUUUUUGGAGAGGAGCGGACUGAAGGUCGAGGACCUGGAUCGACUGAACAUCAUCCACGUCACGGGGACGAAGGGCAAGGGCUCGGCGUGCGCCUUCACCGAGUGCAUACUCCGCAGCUAUGGGCUGAAGACGGGCUUUUACAGCUCCCCUCACCUGGUGCAGGUGCGUGAGCGGAUCCGCAUCAAUGGACAGCCCAUCAGCAAGGAGCUCUUCAGCAAGUACUUCUGGCUGGUCUACAACCGCCUGGAGGAGACCAAGGACCCAGCACGCACCAGCAUGCCAGCAUACUUCCGCUUCCUCACCAUCAUGGCCUUCCAUGUCUUCCUGCAGGAGAAGGUGGACCUUGCAGUGGUGGAGGUUGGCAUCGGUGGCGCCUACGACUGCACUAACAUCAUCAGGGCGCCGGUGGUGUGUGGGGUCUCCUCCUUGGGCAUUGACCACACCAGCAUCCUGGGGGACACCAUGGAGAAGAUUGCCUGGCAGAAGGGGGGCAUUUUUAAGCCUGGCGUGCCAGCUUUCACCGUGGUGCAGCCGGAGCGGCCACUGGAGGUGCUGAGGGACCGAGCCCAGGAGCGGGAGUGUCCCCUGUACCUCUGCCCGGAGCUGGACGCCUUCGAGGGGGGCCACCGGGUGCUGGAGCUGGGGCUGGCAGGUGCCCACCAGCGCUCCAACGCCGCCCUGGCCUUGCAGCUGGCACGGACCUGGCUGCAGCGCCGUGGCUGCCGGGGUCUCGGGGAGCUGAAGGACAUGUCACCGGGCACUGAGCUGGUGGGGAGGUCGGUGCCACUGGCGCCCACCUUUCGACCCACCGAUGCCAUGAUCCAAGGCCUGCGAGACACAGAGUGGCUGGGCCGGACCCAGGUGCUGCCUCACGGCCCCGUGACGUGGUACCUGGACGGGGCCCACACCACCAGCAGCGUCCAGGCCUGUGUCCGCUGGUUCCGCCAGGCCGCCCUCAACCAGGACAAGCCCCACGAUGGCUCCGAGGUGCGUGUGCUGCUCUUCAAUGCCACGGGGGACCGGGACACGGCGGCGCUGCUCAAGCUGCUGCUGCCCUGCCACUUUGACUACGCUGUCUUCUGCCCCAACUUCACCGAGGUGUCGGUGGCCAACAAUGCGGACCAGCAAAACUUUAACGUGACGCUGGAGAAUGCCCUGACCCGCUGCCUGGAGAACCAGCAGACGUGGACCCGGUUGCUGGAGGAGAAAGGGGGGCAGGACCCCUGGCUCCCGGCCCCCCUGCGGGCGGGGGGACUGCUGCAGCCGGCCCCCGCCCGAGGGACCCUGCUUCUGGUUCCCCCAGCCCCGCGACCCCUCAAUUCCCCCGCCCUCGUCUUCCCCUGCCUGGCCCAGGCGCUGCGGUGGGUGGCACAGGGCCGGGACCCCCAGCUGGCAGCGCCCGCCGCCACGGGGGCUCAUUUGCACCCCGCUGCCAGCAGCGGGGCUGUGCUGCUGCGGGAGGCCACUGCCAUCCGCGUCCUCGUCACCGGCAGCCUGCACUUGGUUGGGGGUGUCCUCCGACUGCUCGACCCUGCGCUCUCCCAGUAACGGGGGGGGGAUGACACAAGAUGGGGCUUUGCACCUCAUUUUACUUGAAGCGCCGGUUCUGCCCCCGAUAAUGCUCAGCGGUGGCCAAGGGUGGGACGCGGGACCCCAACCCCAUCCCGGCUCGGCCCUUUUCACCCCAGUGCCUUUCGCCUGUGCCCCCCGGGACACUGGCCAUGGGGGGAUGCUCCCAGCCCCCAGCCUGCCUUGGUGAGACCGACUAGGGGGGCCCGUGAGCUCUGGGGGGGCUGCCCCAGGCUGUGUCGGGCUCCCAGCGCCCAGGGAGGGUGGGCGGUUUUGGGGGUGCAGUAGAUGGGAGCCUCAAGCCGCGGUGAGGCUCGGCAUCAGGGUGUGACUAAUUUAACAUAGAGAAGAUUUUUAUUAUUAUUAAUAAGAGUUUGUAACUUGGACAGGGAGCUGGGGGGGGGCUGCCCAUCGCCCUGUGGGAGGGCAGUAGCGCCUCGCACCCCCCCUUUUCCCCCCUCAAUAAACCUCUUGCUGCUCCUA